ACACGAGCAAACGCUCUGCCACUGGACGUGUAUUUCGGCUCCGUCUCUCUCUUCUCACAAAUCAAAAGCUUCACACAAAGAAUCACAAGCAACACCAAAAUCAGUUCAAGCAGCUUUUUCGAUCAAAAACCAAACAAGCAUGCCCAACAUCAUUGAUACUACCCAGAAAUCUGUCCUUGUGAUUGGAGCCAGUGGAAGGACCGGAUCGGAGUGUAUCCGUGCUUUCGCAAAGCACCAGAACAAGCCCGAAGUACAUGCCUUCUGUCGCAGCCCAUCCAAACUCGCAGAGAGUGACAAGAACCUUUGCACUUCUGUAGUCCAAGGUAAUGCCAAGGAUGAAGCAGAUAUCGAGAAGGCACUCCGCCAAACAAAGGCAGACGUUGUUGUCGUGAGCGUCGGUGGUGGCGACAGCGUAGCCAAGAGCGACAUCCGCACCGUGUCAGCAAAUGCCGUAAGCAAUGCGAUGAAGAAGAAGGAAUUCCAGCAUGUUCAGGCCAUGGUGGUUUCCAGUAUCGGGGCUGGAAGCUCCAGCAUCAUUGUUGGAAUGGGCAUCGGAAUGAUGAUCUCUUUUCAUCUUCGCCAUGUCCUGAAGGACCAUGAUGGACAGGAAUUGGCCUUCUCUGUCCCCGAGGUCAAGAGCAGGACCUGCGUUGUUCGUCCGACAAGUCUGGUCGACAGCAAGGCCACUGGAAAACUUGUCUAUUUCAAUGACAAGGAGAAGGGACCUUCCAUUGAAACCGACCGCGCUGACUUGGCCAAUUGGGUUACCAACCAGAUCUGUGGAACGGAGUCUUUUGUAGGGAAGACUGUCAACAUCACUGGAGUGAAGCAGACAACUCGACGCCGCCACCAAUCCACCUAGAACCAUGCUGUGGUGACAGUGAGAUUGAACAAUCCCGUCGCCGAAGAUCCAACAUAUACUGUAGCUUUGUAGAAAGGUAAAAGAUAAGAAAUAUAGUGUGAAGAGCAAUCACCACAAUAGCACCACAAAU